AUGUCACAAAAGCAAUUGCUUGUCUGUGCUUUAUAUGAUUAUAACCGUCAACAUACCGAUGAGCUUUCAUUUAAAAAAGGCGACGUACUAAGAGUUUUGAAACAAUUAGAAGGUGGUUGGUGGGAAGGUAGUUUGAAUGGAUUCGUUGGCUGGUUUCCUAGUAACUAUGUAACAUAUGCUACCAGUUCAGAUGAGAAGGGUAACUCCACUACUGAUGAAAGUUCGUUGAUACACUUACAAAACUUUCAAAACGAGAUUAUACAACAUGUUUUAGAAGGUGAAUUAAGACAAGUUAGUGAACUAUCUCAGUUAUUGUCAGUGUUUAUGAUUAACCUGGAGCCUCUACUUCACUUAUCAUUCUUGAACAAACUCGUCAAUUUAAGAGACAUAUUAUUUCAAACCAUUAGUAUACAUCAACAUUUGGCCUCGGCUUUAACAGAAAUGAAAUGUACACAUGGACCGAAAUGUAUGGGUCGGCUAUUUUUAGAUUUUGCUCCAGCAAUUAACGCAGUCGGGUGUGAUUAUUCAAAAAUUUAUUUACAUGUUAUAACAGGAUUAGAAGAACAUAUUACAGAAGUAACAAAAUAUAUGAGUUCAUUUAAUAUUAAAUUACAAUUGGUCCAUUGUAAGCAACAACUCAUUCUUAUAUUUGAACGUUUGGGUCGUUAUCCUUUACUUUUAAAAGAAAUGGAACGCUAUUUAGAGGAGCCACAUGUUGAUCGACCCGACAUUCUUCGUGCAAUGAAUGUUUACAGUGAAAUAACGGAAAGGUGUGCAAUCCUUAGAAAAUUUAAAGAGUAUGAUAUCAAUGUAUUACUGUCAGUAAUAAAUGGAUGGCGAGGACCGCCUAUACAACAACUUGGUGACCCAAUUCUCACUCUACGUGUUCUCCUAGUUAACAUACAAGUAAACCAAUCAAUGAUAACUCUACCGGAUUUCAUCCAUAUAAAUGAUAUAUUAACAAGAAAAACACAAUUAUCAUUAUUGGUUAUAUUUCCUACCUGUGUGCUCCUGUUGGCUAGAACAAACCAAACUAAUGUUUACGAUUAUACUGUCAAAAUACCAUUGAACAAUUUGGCUGUGAUUAGAUCAACCGAAAGUGAAACAGAUUUAGAUUUAUUGAUUAAAGAUCUUAAUUCCAUGAAUAUGGAUGUUAUUCCUUGUCAAAUAACACUUGCAUGUACAGAUCAAAAUGCUAGAGAUCUUUUGGUAUCUACAUUAACUGACCUAAUACAAUAUCAGACCCAGAAUGAACAACAGUCACCAGAUAUUGAUCAAUGUCAUACAAAAAAUGAGAGUAUUUCUUUGGACUUCUUCAGUCAACCUGAUUCGAAUAGUUUGGACAGACAUGGAAAUACAUCUCUAAGUUCUUUACCUUUACGAAAGGACACACUAGAUAAUGAAAAAUUAAAAUCAUCAAAAAUAACAAGAGAUGAAAAUAAUCAGAUUGAUCCGCAUCAAUCAACACUGGUGAUGUCGACAUUGUCAAUGAAAGAUCCUCAAAGUUUCAAGUUUCCUCCUGACUCCACUGACAAUUUGGCUGCUCAACACACUUACACAAAAGAUAUUUCUAAAAUAUCGUUUGUCAAUAAUGAUAAUGUUGUAAAAAUCACAGAUAUUUAUAAUUUCAUCAGCAAUUCGACUAACAAUAAUGAUGAUAAUAAACGUCGCUUCUCUUCAUCAUUGAAAAAAAGUAAAGCUCUUAGACCAUUAACUGAACCAUCGAAUAUAUGUGCUGAAGAACUAAACAAUGAAAGUCAACAUCAUCAAUCAUCCGUUAUUGACCCUCAAUCAAAACAAAUCUUCACACCAAUGGAUAACACCUGCACAGUGGUUCUAACUUCAGAUGUAUUAACAUCAUCUUCAGGCUUACGUUUUUUACCGCAUAGAAUUACUACUAAUGCCCAUGUUCUCUGGUUUGAUAUUGAUAAAUCGAUAGUUGGUACACGACAGUCAUAUUCAACAUCGAUUGAUUUGCCUGGUAUUAUUCCUUAUAAAAAUAAUGAACAAUUAUCAUCUGAUAAUGACUUUAUUCAUGCAAUUCAUUGUCUUCGUGUCGAUGGUCCAUUAGAUUUUAAUAGAGACGAUAGAAUCGGUUCAGUUAAUGCAUUAAAUAAUUUGGGAUUGCUUAUUGAUCAGAAUAUUCCUGGUCUGUUGCUAGAUUUUUCUAUUUCGCACAAAAAUCAACACAACCGUGUGAGAGCUCAAAGUCCUAAGGUUACCGAUUCAAGUAAGGAAUCACGUCGUAAACGUGGUGAUCGUCAGAAAAGUGCUAUCACUGCAGAAGAUAUAUUACGUUCAACUGGAAAAAUCCAUGAAAAUGAACUUCGAACGGCGGAUGAUACAAAAAUUUUACAAGUUAUUGAAGCAUAUUGCGCUAGUUCAUGGACACAUCCUAGUUAUCGAACAUUGGACUCUGUAAAAAAUGAAUGUCAAAUAGGUGGUCAAGGUAUUCUAUCACCAGUUGAAAGCCGAACAUUAUUACAACAUUUCCGAUAUCCUAAAAAGCCGUCUACAUCAUUUCUAUCCACAUCAUCUUCGGGUAUGCAUUCAAGACAAGAACAAGACUCACAUAUAACAGAUGCUUCCAUAUUUGAAUUGUCUCGACAAAGCUUACCUCUUUCUAUGUUUAGUUCGAAAGCAUCAUUGAAACGAUCUGAAUCAAAGAAUAAAUCACAAACGUGCUUAUCACAAGAUGGUACGGUUUGUUUGAAUCAGAAUAUAGCAGCUAAUGUGAUCAGUUCAAACAGUAAGAUUAUCUCCAGUGUUACAACUAAUUCUAGUUGUACUAACUGUACUCCAUGCAAUUCUAAUCAAUCUUCCAGUUAUACGCAUAACAUACAAUGUGAAUCAAUUUUAAAAACAUUUUCACCACCUCCAGUAAUUCUACCAACACACAGUGGUCGACGUUAA